AUGUUCCAGCCGGCGCCCAAGCGCUGCUUCACCAUCGAAUCGCUGGUGGCCAAGGACAGUCCCCUGCCCGCCUCGCGAUCGGAGGACCCCAUUCGUCCCGCGGCACUCAGCUACGCCAACUCCAGCCCCAUAAAUCCGUUCCUCAACGGCUUCCACUCGGCCGCCGCCGCCGCUGCCGGCAGGGGCGUCUACUCCAACCCGGACUUGGUGUUCGCCGAGGCGGUCUCGCACCCACCCAACCCCGCCGUGCCGGUGCACCCGGUGCCGCCACCGCACGCCCUGGCCGCCCACCCCCUGCCCUCCUCGCACUCGCCACACCCCCUGUUCGCCUCGCAACAGCGGGACCCGUCCACCUUCUACCCCUGGCUCAUCCACCGCUACCGAUAUCUGGGUCACCGCUUCCAAGGGAACGACACUAGCCCUGAAAGUUUCCUCUUGCACAACGCGCUAGCCCGAAAGCCGAAGAGGAUCCGGACCGCCUUCUCCCCAUCCCAGCUUCUAAGGCUGGAACACGCCUUCGAGAAGAAUCACUACGUGGUGGGCGCCGAAAGGAAGCAGCUGGCGCACAGCCUCAGCCUCACGGAAACUCAGGUCAAAGUAUGGUUUCAGAAUCGGAGGACGAAGUUCAAAAGGCAGAAACUGGAGGAAGAAGGCUCAGAUUCUCAGCAAAAGAAAAAAGGGACACACCACAUUAACCGGUGGAGGAUCGCCACCAAGCAGGCGAGUCCGGAGGAAAUAGAUGUGACCUCGGACGAUUGA